AGCGGUUUCUCACACACACACACACACACACACACAUACAGACACACACACACCGGGGUGGUUAGAGAGAAAGAGAGAGAGAGAGAGACUUCCACACGCCGCGCGCACACACCCGGAGAGCCACGCGCGCGCCUCGGACCGUGGACUCUUGUAUUUCUCGUACUUCUUUCUUCUUUCUUCGCUCCAGAACCUCGUUGAUCUCCAAUGAAGCGUGAUUGUCUGCUGUUAAACUCUUCUACUUGACAACAUUGGCUCGUUUUUUUCCGCCAUGAGCUGCUUGGAUGUCAUGUACCAAGUGUACGCGCCGCCUCAGCCUUACUUCACCCCAACUUACAGCCCGUACCAUCAUCAUCCUCAUCCUCAUCCUCACCACCAGAAAUUGGCUUUCUAUUCAAAAAUGCAAGAAGAGCCCGUAAGUGGAGGGAACUCGUUCUCCAGCCAUCCCGCGCCCACUAUAAAGGAGGAGGACUGCGCGCCGGAGAAGGAGCAGCCGCCUGAGGCUGAGUACAUCAGCUCACGAUGCGUCCUCUUCACCUACUUCCAGGGAGACAUCAGCUCGGUGGUGGACGAACAUUUCAGCCGUGCCCUGAGCCAAACCAGCAGCUACGGCCCCGCGUCAGCCAGCAGCAACAAAAGCACACGAGGGGGCGCGUCCUGGAAAGACGGAUCAUUCCCAAUGAGCCAGCGCAGUUUCCCUCCGUCCUUCUGGAACAGCGCGUACCAGCCGUCAGUCACGGCGUCAUUAAGCAGUGCUCUGGGCGCGUCCCACACCGACCUGCCCUUCCCUGCUGACCCCUACUCCAGCGCCUCGUUACACAGCCACCUCCACCAGGCGACGCCGGAAUCCUGGCACCCGACACACCACCACCACCAUCAUCCGUACCCGCUCGGCGGCUCCAUCAGCGCUCAGAGCUCGGCUUAUCCUCGGCCCUCGGUGCACGACGUGUACGGGACGCACUUCGACCCGCGGUACAGUUCUCUCCUAGUGCCCUCGGUGCGGCCGCACAGACUGCCCCCGGCCACGGUGCCCGCUCCCGGACCCUCACCGUGUGACAUCAGCAAGAGCGAUCCAGCCAGCUCGGCAUGGACCGGAGCUUUCACUGGGACGGGAUCCGAUAUGGGACAGAGCCUCAGUCUGAACGUGGACGCAGGUCUGCAAAACCAGGAUAAAAGCAAGGACUUGUAUUGGUUUUAGUGGCCUGCCUGCCCGCUCCAGCCUCGGCUGAUCUCUGUCUUUCUGUGCCUUGCGCUUAGGCCACAGCAGGCUUGUCUUUUUUUUUUUUCUUCCCUGUAACAGAUUGUGAUCUCACUUGCAGCUCGGCGCUACGCGCUCUGCAGCGGGGGCAUCCUGAGCUGAAAUCGCACCACAGUGGAUAAACCCAAAGGCUCUGUCAGCCCCUACCAGAGCGGAGAGAGAGAGAGAGAGAGAGAGAGAGAGAGAGAGAGAGAGAGAGACGAGACUUGCUGGAGGAACGGCCUUCCAGAAAUACACGCUGGUGGUGUGACCGGCAGCUGUUCUCUCCAACACACAUCCAAGAGAAAUAAAAAAGAAGAACAAGCGCUUCAUUCUGGGAUGCGUGAGAACCGAAACGUCAGAAGUGCUCAGAACGUCCUUCACAACAGGGACCACGGCCAGUGUCAAAGACAGGACAGGGUCUUAUUGCAACUUUUUUUUUUUUAAGAAACGAGAGACUCCGAUGAGAGAGCAGCAUUCCCUGUCGUGUAUUACAGAAGAGACCGGAGGCUAUUUGAAGCCACUUGACUCUAUCUAUAUUGCUCUCGACAGCUGUCAUCGACAACUGGCUUGGAGCUCAGUGGACACACACAAUCGCAGCGUCGCUCUGCACCGCUUCCCGGCUUGGGAUUUUUUUUUUUUUUUGAAUAAAAGGAGCGUUUUGUUGAACACACCCACGUGGAAACAAGUGGUUUGUGAGUUAAGGAUAAACAAGGGGAAGAGUUGACACAUGAGGAAGUGCCAGCAGAUGGACACACACAUACACACACACACACACACACACACACACACACACACUGUUUCAAUGUUGCUGUAUAUACUACAUGUGUCUGAAUGUGAAGUCGGCUCAUUGCUGUGAACACACUGCCAAAAAUCUGCUGUUCGGAUUUCUGUCAUCACUGGCUCAGUAGCUAUGUUUACACGCAGUCCAAGAAUUUCCAAAUAUAAAACGAAUUUACAUCAAACCGUGUAGAUUUUGUAUCCACCAAGACCUCAGAGAGCGCUAUUUCAUUCGGCUGUAUACUUUCAUAUUACUAGAAUGACAGUAAAGCUCUCAACUCUCUACUUUUAUGCCAAUUGGUGCUGUAAAGAUUAUCAUUUAUGCCAGUUUGGCUUUUGAAAUAUUACAACUUUAUGUAAAAGAUUAAGUCUGAGCGCACGUUAGAAGGGGUUUAAAAGUCAGAGAACAUUAAAAAUCUGGGAAAUUUUGCAUUUAAAACCGGAAAUUUUUAGAAUUUUAAUAGAAAGAAAGGAAAUGUUCAAUAUCUUGAAUAGUGACUUGUUUCUAGGUUAUUAUUUAAAUGUAAAUCUGAGCAAAAUUUGUGAUAUUGAUCACAAAAGAUCAGAUUUUCCUAAAGUCGUAUCCUUUCUGUUGGAGCACGGGUUCAGACGACACACAAAUUUAUGGAGUCCAUGUCAGCUCGAGGGUCAAUAAAGCAAAAAGGAGGACGUACCAAAACAUGCUAAGAAAUUCUGCAGUUCGUGUAAAUAUUUCUGUAAGACUUAAAAGCAGUUAUUGCUGAUAAUAUCAUUUGCAAUGAAAAAUAUUGUAAUAAAUCAGAAAGCAAUGCGCAAUAGAAGCAUUUUUAUUUCCAGAUUUUUACUGCCAGACUUGAAAAAUGAAAUGAAAACGAAUGAAAUUUCUAUCCAGCUGAACUAAGUCAAUAGUAUUAGACUCUUAAACUAUUAAAUUAUUAAUAAUGAAUCUUUAAAGCAUAUUAUUGAGUAACUAGGGUGCAUUCAGAGUUAUGAGAGUGAGGAAUAUACAUCUGGACACACCUACAUAUCCAGGGAAUUGAAUUCAUUUAAAAAGAAAAACGUUUUUGAAUUUGAUUUGUAUAUAAACAAUUGCUUAUGUAUUAGAUUAAAAAAAUAUAGGAAGCCACGAGGGGUGUGUAAAUAAUAUUUCAAAGCAAGGAUGAUGCAAAACUGGCUUUCUUACCUGUGAGUGAUAUUAUCUGUUAAAAAGAAGCUUCUUGUUUUUUCUUAUUUAUUUUUACGCUAUGUAUUGACGCUAAAAAGUCCUCAUCUGUCCUCAUAGGUGAUUCGGAUUACAUAUCGCGUGCAUUUACAUUUGAGAUUUUCAACAGAUUUAUAGCAAAUUUAAGGUAAAUAUAAUAAAUAGGCGUCUGCGAUCAGGCUGAAUUCGGAUUGGCGUGAGUCUCUGCGUGUAAACGCAGCCCAUGUGACCAGUGUGACGAGUCCCAGUAGUGUAUUUGAACAUAUUAAUAUAUUACCUUGUAAAGUAUUUUUCCUUGUUGAGGAGAGUUCAGUGUUUAUCUGCUUUAUCUAUACCGUCUGUCUUCAUGCUAACGGAGUGGAACUGUGUCAUACACACAACUGUUGCUGUCUUCUUUCAGUAUUAACGGAAAAGUAGUUUAAAAAAAACAGAAGUGCAUGCACACUGCUCUAAAUGCUCUCGAAAUAUUUAUUUGAAAAUGCUGAAAUAUUUUAAAAAUCGAUGCAUUUAAACCAGUGUAGAGACUGAACCCGUUUUCUAUUUUUAACUUAUUUUGGAUUUUUAUGCCAAGCAGCACAUACGAGCUGCAAGUUGGAUGCACGUAAGACAAGGUUUAUCUUUUUCACCAAUCCUGGCUGGGCAUUUCCACGAGGCAGUCUUUAGCACCUGAGCAGGACUUUUAUAGAAGAAAGAUUCCAUACAACAUUGGGAACCUUCCCUUUUCAUAGUGACCUUCCCUGUGUAUGUUUUUACCCGUGUACAUAAAGGCUCAACGUCAAGGGCCUGCUGUAUUAAUAAAGUGACUCCAGCUGUCCGAAAACACAAAACGACUCUGAUUAAAUCAUGACCAGUUUAUUAUCACGCUCUACAUGGCUUUUACAUUUAGUUUUGUCACUUAAAUCAUGAUGUAGUACAAUGUUUCCCAUUACCCCGGAUAUUCACUGUUUUCUACAGAUUCUUGCUUUAUAUGCCAUAAUAACCAGCACAUUUAUUAUAUACACAUGAGAUUUAUAUGCAGUGCACAGGGAAGCUGAACAGUAUGGACAAAAAUAACGUAAUUAUAUUCCCUGUGCAUUUUGAUUGUAAUUAGCCUUUCAGUAUAUUGAGGAAGAAAGCAGACGAACUUGUGAUGUGUCCCAGUUAAAGUAAAAUAGCAAGUGUGUCCUUUUUACAUAACAAAUAAAAUAAAAAAAAAGGGAAAAAACACAUUUGUAUAUUUAAAACAUAAAAUAUGUAAUACACAGGCAUUGUAAAAAUGCUGUAUGAACACAAAUUUUAAAGAAAGUUUAUUUCUGUAACUGGCUGUUGUGAUGGUGAUAUUAGAAAAAAAAAGAACAACCUAUCAUAUG